AUGGCUCUCUCCCAGGAGAUCACCCUCCCUAACGGCAUCAAAUACGAGCAGCCUCUCGGACUGUUCAUCAACAACGAGUUCGUCAAGGGAGUUGACGGCAAGACUUUCGAGACCGUCAACCCUCACGACGAGAAAGUCAUCACCAGCGUCCACGAAGCUACAGAGAAGGAUGUCGACAUAGCCGUCAAGGCCGCCCGUGAGGCCCUCGACGGACCGUGGAAGAAACUUAUACCCACCGAGAGAGGACGACUCUUGACAAAGCUCGCCGAUCUCUUCGAAGAGCACAAGGAUAUUAUAGCUGGUAUCGAUACUUUGGACAAUGGCAAGGCCACGCCUUUUUCCAAGGGCGAUGUUCAGAAUGCCUCGUACUGUCUUCGCUAUUAUGGCGGUUGGUGCGACAAGAUCCUUGGCCAAACGAUCGACACUGAUCCCAACAGCUUGAACUACACUAUCCACGAGCCCAUCGGUGUUGUGGGCCAAAUUAUUCCAUGGAAUUUCCCCAUGCUCAUGUGGUCGUGGAAGAUCGGCCCAGCUAUAGCUACCGGUAACACUGUUGUCCUCAAGACUGCCGAACAAACUCCACUGUCUGCUCUGUACGUUGCCACUCUUAUCAAGAAAGCAGGCUUUCCGCCUGGUGUGAUCAACAUUAUCUCUGGUCUCGGACGCGUCGCUGGUGCUGCCAUGUCUGCGCACAUGGAUAUUGACAAGAUUGCUUUCACUGGUUCAACAUUGGUCGGUCGUCAGAUUUUGCAGGCUGCAGCCAAGAGUAACCUGAAAAAAGUGACUCUCGAGCUUGGAGGCAAGUCUCCCAACAUUGUCUUCCCAGAUGCAGACCUGGAAAAUGCCAUUUCAUGGAUCAACUUUGGUAUCUACUUUAACCACGGGCAAUGUUGCUGUGCCGGUUCUCGCGUGCUCGUCCACGAGGCAAUCUACGAGAAGUUCUUGGAAGCGUUCAAGGCCCGCGCAAAUAAAAACAAGGUGGGCGACCCCUUCGCCGAGGGCACCUUCCAGGGACCGCAAGUCUCUCAGCUUCAAUUCGACCGUAUCAUGGGCUACAUUGAGGACGGCAAGAAGGCUGGCGCCAGAGUGAUCACUGGAGGUGAACGUCAAGGCACCACGGGUUACUACAUUAAGCCCACCAUCUUCGCCGACGUCACAGGCGAGAUGAAGAUUGUGCAGGAGGAAAUCUUUGGCCCGGUCUGUACCAUACAGAAGUUCAAGGACGAAGAAGAGGCCAUUAAGCUUGCCAACGCAACCACCUACGGCUUGGCCGCAGGCAUUCAUACCAAAGAUCUCAACACAACUAUCCGUGUAGCCAACGCCAUCAAGGCUGGCACUGUGUGGGUCAACCAGUACAACAAUACCCACUACCAAACACCUUUCGGUGGAUACAAGGAAUCAGGUAUCGGCCGAGAGCUUGGCCAAUAUGCGCUUGAGAACUACACUCAAGUGAAAGCUGUGCGCAUCUAUCUCGGCAACUCUCCUUUCGGUUAA